GUUCGUAGCAACGUUCCUUUCCACAGGAAGAGGAACAGUAACUAGCUUGCUAGCCAAGUUAGCUUAGGUUAGCUCUAAGCAAAAUAACAACAAUUGAAUUAAACUUAAUUCCUUGCAAGUGAAUAUAAGGGAAAAAACCUCACAAUGUUUUGGACUUGAAGCACAUGGAGACGAGUUGGAUGCCAUGCAGAGGAGACACAGCAGCAACACCGAUGGCAUGCCCCCUGAAAGGAGCAGGAGUCAAACUCUUGGAUCAGAGAGCAGUCUGGAUGAAGGCGGAGUCUUUGACUGCUUGAAACCAGACUCCCCCUCCCCUCAGCAGCUGUUCUCUGGCCUGGUGGGCGUGCCGUCCGGAAACGUGAGCUCCGCCCCCUUCCAGGCGGCCGGCCUGGUGCUGGGCUCGCCCCCCGAGGUCUUCAUCCAGAUGACGGCCUCCGCCAGAGAAGAGGGCCCCCACCGACCCGAGAGCGCCCCCUACCUGCCGCGCCCGCCCCAGCACCACCACCACCACCAUUACCACCAGCCCCCCCAGCACCGCUCCUCCCUGCUGCACGCCGCCACCUCCGCCGAUCGCCAUGGCAGCGGAGACGAGGCGGGCGAAGACCCCUCGACGCCGGCCCCCGCCCUGUCCGAGCUCCGCGCCGUCGUCUCCUGGCUGCAGAAGGGCUUCCCCUUCAUCCUCAUCCUCCUCGCUAAAGUCUGCUUCCAGCAUAAGCUCGGUAUUGCUGUGUGCAUUGGGAUGACAAGCACAUUUGCAUUCGCCAAUUCGACUCUCAAACACCAGGUGUCAUUACGGGAAAAGAGGUCUGUGUUUUCCGCUCUCUGGAUCCUCAUUUUCCUUUCUGGGAACACUGCGUAUAUCUACUACACAUUCGGCACUGAGGAGCUGCACAAUAGCCUCAUCUUCGCGAAGCCCAACAUCAACACCUUUGACUUCUUCGACCUGAUCUGGGCCGUGGGGAUCACUGACUUCGUCCUCAAAUACUUCACCAUCGCCCUCAAGUGCUUCGUCCUUUUCCUGCCGAAGAUCCUCCUGGCCUUCAAAUCCAGGGGGAAGCUCUACCUGCUGAUCGAGGAGCUGAGUCAGCUGUUCAGAGCGCUGGUUCCCAUCCAGCUGUGGUACAGGUACAUCGUUGGGGAGGACCCGUCCAGCAGCUACCUCCUGGGGGCCAUGCUGAUCAUAAUCUACAGUCUGUGCAAGUCCUUCGACAUCUGUGGGCGAGUCGCCGCCAUCCGGAAGGCCGUGGGGAUCCUCUGCAGUUCCCAGAGUUACGGCGUGAGGGCCAGCAACCAGCAGUGCACCGAGGCCGGGGACGUGUGCGCCAUUUGCCAGGCCGAGUUCCGAGAGCCGGUGGCUCUGAUGUGUCAGCACGUCUUCUGUGAGGAGUGCCUGUGUCUGUGGUUCGACCGCGAGCGGACGUGUCCCCUGUGUCGCUCGACGGUCGUAGAAACUCUGCGCUGCUGGAAAGAUGGCACCACGUCUGCCCAUUUCCAGAUCUACUAGCCCGCAAGACGGAGGGGGAGUAUCACCACACAAAAACAGCGCCACCUACAGGGGCUCCAGUCCUGGGAGGAAUCAGCUAUCAAAAUGUGAUGUUUGCUUAUGCAUCAGCUAUACACAAGCUCUUUACUGUAAACCAUUGUGUGCACACAGUCACCGUCUUGACUUUUAACUUCAACUGUGCAUUAGAGGAAAAUAUGCUACGACUUGGAAAUAGAUAGUUUUUGACUAAUGCUAUUUAUUGUGCUGUAUAAAUUUAUAUAUAUAUGUAUAUAUAUAUAUAUAUGUGUGUGUGUGUGUGUGUAUAUAUAUAUAUAUAUAUAUAUAUAUUCAGAGGGUAGUUCGCUCUCUUAAAUCAGAGGUGUAAUGACAUAUCUAUCAAUGACCAGUAUUGAGCAGAUUAAAAUUCUGUUCACCGGAACAAAUUGAACAGAACAAAAAAAAAAAAACAUUUCAUAGUGAGUAAUUUGUGACUAAUAACUUUUUUGCAGUCAGCUCAUGACUUUGACAAAGUUGGCUGUGCAUGGUGUUGUACAAUAUCUAAUGUUUUACAGUGUGUAUUUUUCAAGCAGUGGACUGUAAUUAAAACACAAAUUGAAAAUUU